CCUCACCACCACCAACACAACAAUCAACCUGUCGAUCCUCAUCAGCGCCCAACAUCAAUACCUUCAACAUAGAAAACAAAUACAUAAAUAAUUUAAAAGGUAAAAAAAUCCAUUGGACAAGAAACAGAGGAACAAGCAAAAUUGAAAAGUUCAUAACUACCAAACUAGAAACUAGCAAGGAAUAGCAUCAGUACCCUCCCAAAACUUGAGUCAAAUAAUAUGAGAAAAGGAUGAUUGAGAAACCUGAGGAGUCUUCUACGGUGGAGGCUCACAGUUCAUCUUGGGUGGCUGUCGGCGGUGGAAGAUCUCGGUGGAGUUUGACUUGUGGUGGAGGCACGCGCUGGAGUUUGGCUCGUCGUAAAGUUCGCGUCGCGGUGCAGAUCUGGUCGCGGUGGACAGGUAGGGCUGGCGAUUCGCGCCGUUGGUGGGGUGGCGGGAUCGCCGAUAGUGGCGGCUUGAUCGCAGAGCAGCCUGCUCUUUUGAACAAAGAGACGAAGGGGAGGGUUGAGGCUGGUUGCGCGCAGGUGUGGGAGAAGAUAGGGUUUUGCAAUGCAGACGCGGAGACGGCACAUUUUUAUAUUUCCCUUUAGUUGAUAAAACGACUUCGUUUUG